AUGCCACCGCCAGCCUCAGCAGUGGAUUUUUCCAAUCUGCUGAAUCCGCAACCCGACAAUCUGGUCGACUCGACCCCAGACACCUCCUCGACCACCACUCCCACACACUCCGAUUCCGAUAGCGACAGGAAAAUGGCUUCGUCGGUCAGCUUGCUGCCGCCGCUCAUGAAGGGCGCCCGUCCCGCCGCCGAGGAGGUGCGCCAGGAUCUCCCUCGUCCGUACAAGUGUCCUCUAUGCGAUCGCGCAUUCCACCGACUAGAGCACCAAACGAGACACAUCCGCACGCACACCGGGGAGAAGCCGCACGCCUGCCAGUUCCCCGGCUGCACCAAACGCUUCAGUCGUUCUGACGAGUUGACUCGUCACUCCCGCAUUCACAACAACCCCAACUCAAGACGAAGUAACAAAGCCCAGCAUAUCGCUGCUGCUGCAGCCGCCGCAGCCGCCGGCCAGGAUGCAGUCAUGCUCAACUCUGCCGCGUCGAUGAUGCCGCCGCCCAGCAAGCCCAUCACUCGCUCGGCUCCUGUCUCCCAGGUGGGCUCCCCCGACGUGUCCCCUCCACACUCGUACACCAACUACACCUCACAUCUGCGUGCCGGUCUCGGCCCGUACUCUCGCACCAGCGAGCGUGCUUCGUCUGGCAUGGAUAUCAACUUGCUCGCCACAGCUGCCUCACAGGUUGAGCGCGACCAUUUCGGGGGCUCCCGUCACUACCCCUUUGGCUCUCGAUACUCGGCCAAUUCGUCUGGGCGUCUGCCGUCGCUGUCUGCAUACGCCAUCUCUCAGAGCAUGAGCCGAUCGCAUUCACACGAAGACGAUGACCACAACAGCAGCAGCAAUAAUUAUGGUGGCUACGGACAUCAUCGAGUCAAGCGGUCCCGCCCCAAUUCACCAAACUCAACUGCGCCAUCAUCUCCCACAUUCUCUCACGACUCGCUGUCACCCACCCCCGACCACACACCACUAGCAACUCCCGCUCACUCGCCUCGUCUGCGUCCCUACGGCGCUGCCGAUUUGCACUUGCCAUCCAUCCGUCAUCUGUCGUUACACCACACCCCGGCCCUGGCCCCCAUGGAGCCCCAAGCCGAGGGACCCAGCGUCUACAAUCCGGGCCAACACCAUGCAGGUCCCAGCAUAACCGACAUCAUGAGCCGGCCCGACGGGACACAACGCAAACUCCCAGUUCCGCAAGUUCCCAAAGUUGCCGUGCAAGACAUGCUCAAUUCGACCGGUGGCUAUGCGUCUGGUAAUCCUGGCUCCUUGAUGGAGGGAUUAUAA